AUGAUGGGGAAACGUCUUCGUCUCGAGGAGAAAUGCAAAGCGGACGAAGACCAGUUCGUAGAAUUUAAAAUGCAUGAGAAAAUCUCAUUGUAUGAGAUUUCGGCGAAGUGUCAGAAAUGGGAGAAUGGUCGUCUGGUUCGUACUCUGCAACCAAUUAGCAAGACGAUAUGUGCUUUUCUGAAUACAAAAGGGGGCGUCAUCUACGUUGGUAUACGUGAUAAUAAGGAAAUUCGCGGAAGAAGGUUCAACAGUGAUAUGGUAAUCUAUUCCAAUAUUUUAGCCUCUUCGUAUUUACUAGUUGUUGGAUUUGUCGAUGUGGAUGGUUAUGGUGGUGACGAUAAUAUGAACAUACCCGAGGUUACUUGGACAGCUACACAAAAUUCUGUUUUUGAAGUUUGCUGCGAAAACAGCUACAGCAAAGCUAUGGAUGAAUUUCAACAACUUAUACCACAGACAGGAGUGGAUUACCAUGUCAUCGGAAGAAUGGGUUGCUUAUGUAAAAACGACCGAACAGACGAUGCAAAGCUCUGUGUUGCAAUGAUUAAGGUGAUAAAGCCUCCUGGUCAUACGAUCUACCAGAAUGAAGAAGGACUUCCCUAUUUUCGUCGUAAUGGCUCCAACAGGAUGAUGACGCUCAACAGAGUCAACGCAUACAUAAAUACCGAUCGCAUCAUUGAGUAA